AUGGACGACAUCACGAACUUGGAUCGUGCGAUCCAGACAGACAUCAACGAUCCCCGCAAGGAGGACUCGACCCUCGCUACCGAUGGUGGUGCUUCUAGUCCUCUCUCUGAGGCUGUUACCAACACUUGCGACGUCCCCGAUGUUGACAAGUUGAGCGUCACUGACUCGAAGCGAUCAGACGAUGAACUGCCAAACAUCGUGACAACCCACCCCAUCGUCCACCAGUACCUCCUCGACAACGCCCCCGAGUACAGGGAUGUAGACAUUCUGCGAAGAAAGGGCUGGGGAAGUGAGUUGGGCGAUAAGCAUUUCCAGACCCAGCGAGAGCGAGCCGACAAUGCAGACAAGCAUACCCGUAACAUCUUCUAUCACAUGAUGUGUGAGAUCGCGGAAGAGCUCGACAAAGUUUCCGGCAUUCUCGCAGACCUCAAACAGGUCGGUGGGCCCAAGGCUCUUGACCUCUGCAUGGCUCCAGGUGGCUUCGCCGGUUCAGUGUUGAGACUCAUCCGCGGUUCCAGCGUCUGUGGAAUCACCCUGCCCGUUGAGGAAGGAGGACAUCCGAUGACGAUGCCGUUCUGGGAGCUGAAGGCUAAUCUCAAAACGCUUUGGCUGGACAUCACAAUGCUUGCAACCGAGAUGGGACUUACUGACAUCCCGUCCGAACAUCCUGAAGCAGCCAAAUUCUCCACAGUCCGGCCUUUCGAGGGCGAGGCCUUCGAUCUCGUCUUCUGUGAUGGACAAGUUCUUCGCACCCAGCCACGACCAUCCUACCGCGAGAUCAAGGAACGUGUACGACUCCUGAACAGCCAGCUCGUUUUGGCACUCCAGCGUAUAAAGCCUGGUGGCAAUCUUGUCAUCCGACUACACAAGAUUGAGGCUGUCGACACAGCUACUCUGCUCCAGAAAUUUAGCAGCUUCUCGACAAUCAUGCUUCAUAAGCCCGCAAAGUGGCACGGAAUCCGCUCUUCCUUCUACAUGAUUGCCAAGAAUGUGCAGCCGCAGAGCGCUAAAGCACUCGAGGCUGUCAACGAGUGGAAGAAACAGUGGGUUCAAGCAGCCCUUGACACAGACGAGGCGACGAUUCAGAGUGACGCGCUCAUCGAUGCUCAAGCCGACAGGGCCACCGAGCUGAUCCAGACUUUUGGAUCGGAGUUGGUUGCACUGGCAAGACCUAUCUGGAAAAUCCAGGCCAAUGCCUUGGACAAAUCACCUUUUCUCCGCGACAAUAGCGAAAAGCAGAUGGCGCCCACCGUUUAUCGUCCACCCAAACCCCGUUCGACUGCAGACAACGGAGCAAGCCGCUACCCAGGCCUAAAACCCACAAGCGAUCCUUGGAAGUACAUGACACCUAGGUCCUUGCUCACCAACGAUAUCCUUGGAACUACUCCGCAGGAACCCGCUAUCCAAGAGAACCAGCCUUUCUCGUCUUCCAUCAAGACAUCGCCUUCCGCGAAGAGGCCUGCGGUUACAAUCAAGGACGCAAACGGAAGCGAGGUAGAUUUGAAGACCUUCAAGCCGCUCGAGCGCGCAACCCCUCCUUCUUCGCCCUUCCAGGCUCGCCGACGAGGGAGCAGCUCUGCUGUCAGAAUCAAGGAUGCAUAUGGCAACGAGGUCACCUUCACGGACUUGAAAGCACACUCGCCCGAGAGUCGAGCUCUUAGCUCCACCAACUGGAGAUACAUGACAGGUCAGAGGCCUGUAGUCACUAUUAGAGAUCAAAGUGGCAAUCAGGUCGACAUGGCUGAUCUCAGGGCGCUACGCGCAGGUGCGGCAAGCAAGCGCGCCGCCGACUCGGCCAGCUGGAGAGCUGAUAAGCUAGAACAUCCUAUGCUUGAGAGCAAGGCUGGUGAUAGCAGUGAUGUUGGAGACAAAGCUCCGACCCCACCGGCUUCACCCAAUGUCACCAGGUUCAACUGGUAG